AUGUCGAAGAAACGCAAAACUCCAGGCGACGACAAUGGAGGAGGAGAGUUCUCCAGAUCAGAGGAUUUCCCGCGUUCCAGCAGCGCCGACCAAGGUCUGACGGAUGAAAAAGUGAAGGCGUACCUUUCCCUGCGCCCGCAGAUGCUGGACGAGUUCGUCCUGGAGAGCGUGAGCGCAGAGACGGUGGACAGAUGGCUGAAGCGCAAGAGUAGCAGCCCACCUACAGAUGAUGAACAUUCAACAAAAGAAGUCAGCAGGCAGUACCAGGACACGAAUAUGCAGGGCGUGGUUUAUGAGCUCAACAGUUACAUGGAACAGAGGCUCGACACAGGCGGAGACAACAAACUCCUGCUGUACGAAUUGUGCAACAUCAUCAAAACAGCCACAAAGGCUGAUGGUUUUGCACUUUACUUCCUUGGGGAAUGCAACAAUAGCCUGUGUUUAUUCACACCAACUGGGGCAAAGGAAGGGCUUCCUGGGCUCAUCCCUUCAGGUCCCAUUGCAUUUGGGACCACCAUUGCCGCACAUGUUGCCAAGACACGAAAGACACUACUUGUAGAAAACAUCAUGGGGGACGAGCGGUUCCCCCAUGGCACAGGGCAGGACUCAGGGAUCCAUGUUCACUCUGUUCUGUGUCUACCCAUCCUCACGGCCAUCGGUGACCUGAUCGCUGUGCUGGAGCUGCACCGCCACGUGGGCCGAGAGCCCUUCAACCUCAGCCACCAGGAGGUUGCCACAGCAAAUUUAGCCUGGGCUUCAGUAGCAAUUCACCAAGUGCAGGUCUGCAGAGGUCUAGCCAAGCAGACAGAACUUAACGACUUCCUUCUAGAUGUGUCAAAAACAUACUUCGACAACAUUGUGGCAAUAGAUUCUCUACUUGAACAUAUCAUGAUAUAUGCAAAAGACCUGGUGAAUGCAGACAGAUGUGCCCUUUUCCAGGUCGAUCACAAUAAUAAAGAACUGUACUCUGACCUGUUUGAUAUUGGGGAGGAGAAUGAAGGGAAGCCAGUCUUCAAGAAAACCAAAGAAAUAAGGUUUUCUAUAGAGAAAGGAAUAGCAGGUCAGGUGGCGCGAACAGGAGAGGUUUUAAAUAUUCCGGAUGCCUAUGCAGACCCACGGUUCAACAGAGAAGUGGACCUUUACACUGGCUACACGACACGGAACAUUCUGUGCAUGCCUAUCGUCAGUCGAGGGACGGUUAUAGGUGUCGUACAGAUGGUGAACAAGCUGAAUGGAAGUGCCUUCACUAAAACGGACGAGAACAACUUUAAGAUGUUCGCUGUCUUCUGCGCUCUGGCCUUACACUGUGCAAAUAUGUAUCACCGGAUUAGACAUUCGGAGUGCAUCUACAGAGUGACAAUGGAGAAGCUUUCAUACCACAGCAUCUGUACAUCAGAGGAGUUGAAAACCCUAUCUCAACUCUCCCUUCCGUCUCCCAUCUACAAGGAGAUCGAGCUGUUCCAUUUUGACAUCAGUCCAUAUGAAGAACUCUGGCCUGCUGUAUUUGUGUACAUGAUUCACAAUUCAUGUGGGAAAAACAGUUUUGAGCUAGAGAAGCUGUGCCGCUUCACCAUGUCUGUGCGGAAGAAUUACAGACGGGUUCCGUACCACAACUGGAAGCAUGCGGUCACGGUGGUGCACUGCAUGUACGUCAUUCUGCAGAAAACCUCUGGAAUCUUUACUGAACUGGAGAGAAAAGGCUUGUUAAUAGCCUGCUUGUGUCAUGACCUGGACCACCGGGGCUAUAGCAACAGCUACCUGCAGAAGUUUGACCAUCCGCUGGCGGCGCUUUACUCUACGUCAACUAUGGAGCAGCACCAUUUCUCCCAGACUGUUUCGAUCCUGCAGCUGGAACGGCACAAUAUUUUCUCCAACCUGACUUCCAGUGAGUACGAGCAGGUACUGGAGAUCAUCCGCAAGGCCAUUAUCGCCACUGACCUGGCUCUCUACUUUGGCAACCGCAAGCAGCUAGCUGAAUUACUGAGCACUGGUGGGCUGGACCUAAACAACUACGCCCACAGGGACCGUGUGAUUGGUCUGAUGAUGACUGCGUGUGAUCUGUGCUCUGUUACCAAACUGUGGCCUGUCACUCGUCUUAUAGCCAAUGACAUCUACGCUGAGUUCUGGGCUGAGGGUGAUGAGAUGAAGAAGAUAGGAAUGCAGCCUAUUCCAAUGAUGGACAGGGAUAAGAAGGAUGAAGUCCCACAGGGUCAGAUGGGCUUUUACAAUGCUGUGGCCAUUCCCUGUUACACCACGUUAUCUGAGCUGUUCGCUCCCUCCACUCCUCUUUUAAGAGCCUGCAGGGAGAAUCUGAGCCAGUGGGAGAAAAUAGUGCAAGGAGAAGAGCCGUGCGCAUGGACUCCGUCUGAGGAUUCAGAGCCGAGCGAGCCGCUGGAAAGUGGACCAGUCAAAGUGGACAACUGACUUAACCUGGGACAUUCAGCCUUGAACACAAUGCCAUCCACACCCUGCCAGAGACACUGUACUUCCUUUAGAACGCUUCCACUUUGUGUGGAGACAAAAGGGAGCAGAGAGGCCAGGCAGGAGAGGUGAUAUUCACCAAGCAGUUGAAAGAAGGAUUUAAAAAAGAUGAAGCAAAACGAGUUACCUCAGUGGGUGAUGGAGAAUAGAGACUCCGAUCAGGAUGGUUCUCUGACUUGCUAGCCAGGAUGCAUGAUCUGAUCACUUCAAGUCCUCUUUGAGUGGGAGCAUCCUUGGUCUGAACAGACUUCUUUAGCUUUGAUAGUUUUCC